AUGUUGGUACAAGAUGUUGACAAAUUUCUCGAAUAUCCAUGGGGUCGAAAAUCCUUUGAUCUGACUAUUCACAGCAUCAAAACUAGGACAGCUACGACAUCGUACCUUUCUCAGCCAACCUGUGCUUUUCAGGGUUUUCUACAUGCUUUACAGAUGGUUGUUUUGGAGUGUGCUCCUUCUAUUCUGCAGAAGGAUGUAAAAGGUAAAUCAACCAAGCAUACCCUGAGGGAUGACGAUGAUGAAGAAGAUGAAUUCCCAAGUGUACAGCCUGGUUCUAUGAAACCGAUUAAUAUCUCGAUGCCUCAUGUGAAGUCUCUCGACAAUAAUACCAAGGUGGCUGUCACAGCAAUCUUACCGGACGAUGAACACCUGUUGGAUGAUACCGAUUUCGCAUUUGAUGAUGAUGUCCCGGACAAAACCGUAGACAACUUACUCGCAGCAAUCAGUGAUGGCAAGAAAUUUUCUAGGAAGACAUGGAAUGGUGGUGAAAGUGCAAGUCUUCUUCAAAACCAGCCAAAUGCACCAGCGUCAUCGUCUCGGAACACAUCUUCUGAUGUGGAUUUAGAUCCUGCUGCUUCUUCCAUGCUUGAAAAGGUUGUACGUGAGACCGGGUUUGUAUUAUCAGAGAUUAAAAGUCUUCGUACCGAGUUUGUUGACCUUCGUUCCGAAGUAUCUUCCACUUUGAGUACCUUUAAGGAUUAUAUUCGGAGCCAACAGGAUCCUUCGCCUAAAGUUCGAGAACCUGCUAAGCGACCGCUUGGCCGUAGGGUCAAGUCUAUUCCACUAAGAGCCAAGCACGUACGAUUUCAACAGGUUUCUUCGUCCGAGGAGUCCAAGUCCUCAGAUCCAUCAAAAGAAGAUGACGGCGAUGACAGUACAAAGAACAAGGAUUCAAGCAGUCCUUCUACCGAAAGUGACGACGUUGUGGAUACCAAUGUCGGUGAUGUUGUUGAAAUUUACGAUGGUGAUGCCCAUGAAGAUAGAAGGGAACCUGACGCUGAGGGAUCUGGAGAUGUUGGCGAAGUGGGUAGACAAAUGCCAGUUGACGUUGAUGAUGUCCAAGACGCUGCUACACUCGCGAGCAACCAGAUUGCGAGUGUGCUGUCUGAUUUAUCAGACCAAGUACAGGUUAAUGUAGAGCCGUCAAUAAUCCAGCCUGUUCCAUCACCACCACCAUAUGUUGUACAGCCGAGAGACCAAACCGGUGCAAAUAAAGAUGUCCCACCUGUUGUUACCAACGAAGAAACCGAUGCUGCUGAAGAUGUCCCACCUGUUGUUACCAACGACGGAACCGAUGCUGCUAAAGAGUGA